GUUUCCAAGCGCUAUCCUCCAUCGGACUAUUUUCUGGGUUGCACCACCGUAUAAAUACUCCUCACCGGAAGUGUAACGUUCUCUUCUAGUGAUCCAACAUGGCGGAACAAGGUGAGAAAAAGGAGAACCCCAUGAGGGAGCUACGUAUCCGCAAGCUCUGCCUGAACAUUUGCGUGGGCGAGAGCGGUGACAGGCUGACCCGAGCCGCCAAAGUGCUGGAGCAGCUCACGGGACAGACUCCCGUUUUCUCAAAGGCUCGCUACACCGUGCGAUCGUUCGGCAUUCGCAGAAAUGAGAAGAUUGCCGUCCACUGCACCGUCCGCGGCGCCAAAGCCGAGGAGAUCCUGGAGAAAGGACUUAAGGUGCGCGAGUACGAGUUGAGAAAGAACAAUUUCUCCGACACGGGAAACUUCGGCUUCGGCAUCCAGGAGCACAUCGACCUGGGCAUCAAGUACGACCCCAGCAUCGGUAUCUACGGACUGGACUUCUACGUGGUUUUGGGACGGCCCGGUUUCAGCAUCGCCGACAAGAAGCGGAAACGCGGCCGCAUCGGUUUCAGGCACCGCAUCCGCAAAGAGGAGUCCAUGCGCUGGUUCCAGCAGAAGUACGAUGGCAUCAUCCUCCCCGGAAAGUAAAGGACCACCUUUGACAUCUUUGUAUGAAAGUAAUAAAAAAAGAAAAGUG